AUUCCAUCCGCAUAUCUCUAUCGCUGUCCUCCCCCAAUUCGCCUCUCUAUUCAAUUUGACAAUUUAUCAUAAUUUUCACAAUUUUUUUGUUGUUGCUAUCAUAAUUAGGUCUCUCUAGUAAAUCUCCAUUUUUGUGUUCCUUGUUGUUGUUGAUCUCAGUCUGGUUUCAAUUGGCUCACGAUCUUGUUAGUCGCGUUCGGCAAAACUCAAUCAACUAACGAUUACAGCGCGUUUUGAUUUUGAAGCAUGUUAUAAAGAUGAUGAUGAACCAAGGAGGCAAUACUCAGACCAUUGCUGCUGUCGACCCCAAUUCAAUUGAGAAUCGCCAUGUAGCUAAUGGGAACCAAGGACAGGCGCCCUCGUAUUAUCCGUCAACAAGUGUGGCGGAAGCGUCUUAUCCGUCAACAAGUGGGGCGGAAGCGUCAGCAUGGCCAACUCAUCGGGUGGAGAAUGGCUCCACAAAUAAUGGGGUUCAUUCGCAAACAACGUAUCAAUACAAUCAGCAUACACAGCCGCCUGGGAGUAGUACGCCCAGUUUGGGAACAGUGAAUGCACCGCAAGAUUACAGUAGCUACGCGUCAUACCCUAAUCCUGCUGAUCCGUAUGGUUAUGGAAGUACAGGAUACCAAGGUUACUAUAACAACUAUCAGCAGCAACCCAACCAGUCCUACUCACAACCCGUAGGAGCAUAUCAAAAUACAGGUGCUCCUUAUCAGCCUAUUUCCUCAUUUCAGAAUACAGGGUCUUAUGCUGGGUCUGCAAGUUAUUCAAGCACUUACUACAAUCCUGCUGAUUAUCAGACUGCUGGAGGCUAUGCAAGUAGCGGUUACACUAAUCAAACUAAUCAGACCACCGCUUGGAAUGGUGGAAAUUAUGCAAACUAUACCUCUCAACAGUAUGCACCUUACACUCCAGAAGCUCCUGGUGUAUAUAGUUCUGCUCCUACAACGUCAACUCCACAAAAUUAUCAGCAGCAAUAUAACCAAUGGGCAGAUUAUUACAAUCAAACAGAAGUCAGUUGUGCUCCUGGGACUGAGAACUUGUCUGUUACUAGUACACAGAAUGUGGGAUGUCCGGUUCCAGGUGUUACCACUGGGUAUCAAACCUCAGUCAACCAGCCACCACCACCACCACCUUCAUACACUCCUUCAUGGAGGCCAGAAUCUAGUUCAUCUCACUUACCAUCGGUGCAGUCUGGUGCUGUAGUUGGUGGUGCUCAUGAUGCUUACUGGAAUCAUGUGGCUCCUACUUCGCAAUCUCAAAUUCAACAUAUAUCUCCUAAUCAAGCACAAUUUCAAAAGCCUUUGGAUCAAAAAAAUUCUUAUGAUAGCUUUCAGGACCAACAGAAAGCUACAACUUCUCAAUCAUCAAGCAUUCAGUAUCCUCCUGCUUCUCAGCCACCGUAUGUGUCUCAUAGUUACCAAACACCUUCACAAGCUGUUCCAUCAAUAGAUGCACAAAGAGCAAACAAACUGCAGAUUCCAACAAACCCUAGAAUCACUUCAAGUAUAACUGUGGGUUUACGAAAAACUGAAAAGGAUAUAAAUAUGACCAGUCCAGCAGUGAAACCUGCUUACAUCAGUGUUUCACUGCCAAAACCGGUCGAUAAGGUGCCAUCCAGUGCUAGUGCUGAUUCUCUACUGAAGACUGGUAUGUUCCCCAAGUCACUGCGUGGUUACGUUGAAAGAGCUUUGGCUCGUUGUAAAGAUGAUAAUCAGAUGGCUGCCUGUCAGGUUGUCAUGAAGGAGAUCAUCACCAAGGCAACAGCUGAUAGCACUCUUUACACACGAGACUGGGAUACUGAGCCUCUUUUUCCCCUCCCAAAUGAAGAUGCUACAAAUAAAGAGUUAAAUUCUUCAGACCUUGUUUCAUCAUUGGCAAAGCUUAAAAGAAGUCCAAGUAGACGGCCCAAGAGUAGAUGGGAACCUUUACCAGAGGAGAAGUCAGAGAAGUCCGCUGAGAGGCCAGCCUCUUUAAAUGGCAGUGGUCUAAACUAUGCUGCUUGGGGACAUGUGAAUGAUAAGGAGAGAAAGCCAUUUGUGUGGGGUUCUGGGAGUAAGAAUGAUAAUAUGAGUAAUGCAAAGUUUCCCUCGCUGGAGCAGAAAAGUGCAAGUAAGAUAAUACAAAAGCCAUUUAAGAGGCAACGCCUUUCUGAUGGGGUAGGCACUACUGAGAAUGGUGAUGCAUCUAGUGAUAGUGAUCCUGAUCAAGGAUUAGCAGCCUACUACACGGGUGCAAUGGCCCUUGCAGAUUCACCAGAAGAAAGAAAGAGACGUGAACAUCGAUCUAAGCGUUUCGAAAAAGUGCAAAGCCAUCGAGGACAGAAUAAUCAUUUCAAACCUAAAAAUGCUGGUGCUGGAAACUUGUAUGCUAGAAGAGCUAAUGCCUUGGUGCUCAGCAAAAAUUUUGAAGAUGGUGCUAGCAGGGCUGUUGAAGACAUUGACUGGGAUUCUCUUACUGUCAAGGGGACUUGCCAAGAAAUUGAGAAACGUUAUUUGCGCCUCACUUCUGCACCUGAUCCUGCCACUGUUAGGCCGGAGGAUGUUCUUGAAAAAGCUUUGCUUAUGGUACAAAAUUCCCAGAAGAAUUACCUAUAUAAAUGUGAUCAACUGAAGUCCAUUCGCCAGGAUUUGACAGUGCAACGAAUUCGAAAUCAUUUAACAGUAAAGGUGUAUGAAACUCAUGCUCGGUUAGCAUUGGAAGUUGGAGACCUGCCAGAAUAUAAUCAGUGCCAGUCACAGUUGAAAUCACUCUAUGCUGACGGUAUUGAGGGAUGUCAUAUGGAGUUUUCUGCGUACAACUUGCUUUGUGUUAUCCUUCACUCAAAUAAUAACAGAGAUCUCUUAUCAUCAAUGGCAAGUUUGUCAGCUGAAACAAAAAGGCACGAGGCUGUCAAACAUGCUCUUGCAGUUCGAGCUGCUGUCACUUCGGGAAAUUAUGUCAUGUUCUUCAGGCUCUAUAAGACAGCUCCCAACUUAAGCACCUGCCUUAUGGAUCUUUAUGUUGAAAAGAUGCGGUUUAAGGCAGUGAGUUGCAUGUGCCGAUCAUAUCGGCCGACAAUACCUGUUUCAUAUGUUGCUCAAAUUCUGGGGUUUACCAACAUAACACCUACAAAUGAGGAAAGUGAGGAUAAGGAUUCAGAAGGAUUGGAGGAAUGCAUUGAAUGGUUGAAACUGCAUGGUGCAUCCUUUAUUGCAGAUAACAAUGGGGAAAUGCAGCUUGACGCGAAGUCUACUUCUUCUAGUCUUUACAUGCCAGAGACUGAUGCCGUGUCCCAUGGAGAUGCCAAUCUUGCUGUUAAUGAUUUUUUUACACGGACACCUUCAUAGACUUUUUGUUGCCAUUUAAUUUUUGAAUUUAGAGCCGAGAGGAGGAACACGAUGCUACCUUCACAAUAUUGCACAACACAGCCACGUCCCAUACUGGUUGGGUAUUCCGGGUUUCCUUGUAACAAUAGAGAAUAGAACACUGAUGUGUAACUGGUAUAUGGAAUAUGUAGUGAAAAAGAACCCAAAUUCCCUUGGGGAAAUUGCUUUGCCUUGAAUACCUUGGGGAUUCGGCAGAGGUUAGUUUCUAGUUUCUAAUAUCAUUCACGGUGAGGUUAGAACAUGGUAAAUAUAUACUAGAGGAAGUAAUCUAAAUUCUUUUGUGUUGUAUCUUACACUAUUUUUGAA